AUGGCAUUUCAGAGCUUCACAGGUUUCUCUACGAGUUCCUCCAAUCCAUAUUACUUACAUCGGAAUGAAAAUCCAUCGCUCGUUCUUGUUACUCCUCUUAUUGACGAUAAUAACUAUCAUACUUGGGCUAGGUCAAUGCACAUUGCGUUGAUUUCAAAGAACAAGGAAAGAUCCAUCGAUGACACACUUCCAAAACCUCUGGUAUUAAAUGUUCUUUAUGCUCCUUGGAUUCACUGCAACAUUAUGGUCUUAGCCUGGAUUUACCGUUCAAUUUCAGAGUCAGUUGCUAAGUCUGUUCUAUGGAUUGAGAGUGUUGUUGGUGUGUGGAGAAAUCUGCAGAUCCGUUUUUCACAAGGUGACAUUUACCACAUAUUCGAUAUUCAAGAAGAAUUGUACAAAUUUCGUCAAGGUAAUCUUGAUGUUUCAAAUUACUUUACACAAAUUAAAGUCAUGUGGGAUGAACUAGAAGCUUAUAGACCAAUUAGUGCAUGUUCUUGUGCUAUACCCUGCUCAUGUGGUGCCCUUGCAUCUAUUAGAAAGUAUAGAGAACUUGAUUAUGUUAUACGAUUUCUUAAGGGUUUGAAUGAGAAAUUUGCACAGUCCAAGACUCAAAUCAUGAUGAUGAACCCUUUGCCAGAUAUUGAUAAAACAUUUUCUCUUGUUAUUCAACAAGAAAGUGAAGUCAAUAACUCUCAAUAUGCGAUUUCCAAUAACAAUGUUUCUGAAUAUUCCACGGUCCUUCAUUUGAAUGCGUCUUUUGGCAACAAUCCUAACAGAUCCGGAAACAAUAGUUUCAAAGGCAAGAGUAAUGGAUAUGGGGGAGCUAAGGGUCAAAAUAGAGUGUGUACUCAUCGUGGAAGAACCAACCACACGGUUGAGACUUGUUUUCUCAAACAUGGUUAUCCACCUAGAUUCAAAGGUAAAGGAAAAUCCAACAUUUCUAAUUCACAAUUUAAAGUUGUUGCUUCUAUUGAAACAAGUCAAUUACCUCUUAAGAAAGAUUCAACUCAGUCAACGAUUUUCUUCACUCAAGAGCAAUAUCAAAGCAUUUUGGAAUUGAUUCAACAAUCUUAG